AUGAACAAUCACUACCCAUUCGGGUACCCAUCAUACCCAGGGCAGCCGCCUGCUCAACAGCAGCAGCCAUUCUCCUAUCCGGCUGCACCGUCUUUCCCUCAACAUAUGGCUGCAUAUCCUCAACACACCGACAACGCCUUUGAUGCUAUUUCACACGCCCAGCCCCCAUACGAGCAGAGUCAAAUCAUGAUUCCCGGCCUUGGCGGCUACGGCCAUCUACCUCAGCUUCCCCAGAGCUUUGGUUGGCAGCAAUCACAGGAACAGCUGCCAGCUCCUCCACAUCACUGGCAGCCCCCGAGAGAUGGCCCAAAUCUCAUCCCGGCGUCGCAGUAUUAUCAGUCUGGUAAUUACCCCAAGCCCCAGGCACCCGUCGCCUCUGGUGCCCUUGCCCCAACCGCGCCCAAGCGACCUACGAAGCAAACCUCGAACGACGCCGAGGAAGGCGAACUCUCUGACGGCGAACUCGAUGAUGUGUACGAGCCACAGGAGACCCUUCCAGAGACGAGCUCUCGCCAGCAACGCCGAAACGUGCCGGAUGCAGCGAUAGCGAACGCUCGGAAUGGUAAUAACAGCGUCGGUUAUCCCAUUGCCAAUUCCUAUGGAGGUCCAAGGGAUGGUGGGGUGAAGCACCCUACAGUGGCGGAUAAUGAUGAACGAGAACGGUCCGGAUCAUACUCUCCUCAUCUGUCUCCUCACGAAGUAAACCCGCGCAUGGCGCCAAACGAUCAACAAUGCGCUCCCCCCCAGGCGCAUGUCCCAGGCGGACAGGUCAAUCAACCUCUGGCGACAGGCGCCGGUCAGCAGCAAGGGAAGAAUGCGGUGGAGGACGCUCGACAGAGGGCUCGGUCAGCAAUUCUCAACCUGUGGCCCCUGGGUGUCCGCCACCAAGACUUUAUCGACGAGGGCAUUGACAAAACCGUCGUUGAAGACCUUUUGACUGACCUGAAGCUGGAUACCAAUACCCCCAGCCAAGCCUAUAUUCCAGGCCUUCCUGCCACGCCGUCAUUGCCCGGGCUCUCUUAUGCUCCUGGCCGGCCUGGCUCUCACCAGGCCAAAACAUCCGAACCAGCGCUGCCCCCUAAGCCCCCGGCCCAACAACAAUCAUCCCCUUCAGCAGUGAAGUCGGCAGGAGAAGAAAGAAAAGAUCGCAUUGCUCGCCUGUUGGCUGCAAAGGGUGCAAAGACAGCUUCUUCAACCACCAACGCAGGUGCACAAGCCGGGGUGCAGAGUGAUAAGGAACUUGUCCAACAACAAAAGAUGGAUGCUCUGAAGAAAUCCCGUGAAGCCCGCGCUCAGAAGGCAGCGGAGCGCAAAGGCUCUUUGCAAGCUUCCCAGUCAAAGGAGGCAUCCCCAGUCGAGCCUUCUCGCAGACCUCAAUCAGCAACUGCUGACGUACCAGUCGUGGUGCCGACAAACCAUUAUACUCGGCCCAAUUCCCUGCAACAAUCGGCCGAUCGUCAGACUGCCCAAGCUUCGACUAUACCUGGUCUUUUCACAUCUGCUCCCCAGCCUGCGCCCGUCAACAACCAGCGCAAAAGACCGGUCGCAGCGGAUUUCGUGGUCAAUUCCCAUGCCAAUAAACGCUCGUUCGGCCAUACUCAGCAAGACAAGCGUUUUGUCAUCGAUGUUAGUGACGCGUCUGAUGAUGAAGAUAUUGAGAUGGAGAUAGGCUCUCCCACCGAUGAACCUUCGAGCACUCAGCAAAACGACACGCCAUCUCUGAGACCUGCGUCCUUCCGCGACUUUCCACCCCUGUCAGAUGGUCUUCCUCAACGUCAGCUCUCAAGCCCAGCUCCCAGCAGUGCUACCACGCCUCAGUCCGGCGCUGUGGGCUCUCAACCAAAGCAAGCUCACAUCGACGUCAUGGACAAACAAAUCGAGGCCAUGAAGCGCAAAAUUGCCUUGGCUGAGGCUCGCGCCAAGCUGAAAGCUGCUAUGGGCAACCAGUCAGUUGGCCAGAAGUCGACCGGGCAGAGCCCAGAUACUCCUCUUGAUUCGGAUGGUGGCAAGCCAAGUAUGCGGAGAGUCCAGUCUAUGGGUGAUUCUCAUUCAUCUGAUCCGCCCAAUGGCCAACGGUCACCCGCGAUCGCCGAGCCCAGUAGUUCACUGCGCUUGCCCAAACCGUCAGAUAAGCGCAUUCAUGGUGACUCUAGCCGUGCUCAGAAGCUUCGGAUUGCUAGCACCAACCUUCCUGUCAUCGAGAACAGACUGCAGACGAAGAAGAGCAAGCUCCGCCUUCUUCAGCUGCAAAUGUCUCGUCUGGAGAAAGAGAUUGAAGAAGAGAUGACAGAAAAGCAAAAAUUGACGGAGGAGAUGGAGCAGCUCGAACAGGACUCGGACGAGUCGUCUGAGCCUCAAAAUCAACUCAAAAGCAAUUCCGUCGAUCCGAUUGUCACUGGAACGUCCACAGGUCCCCAACCCAAGAUUCAAACUCCUACGCCUGCUGCCGCAGACGCUGAGCAGAGCUCCGGCAAAGCGGCUGAACAAUCGAACAAUGCUGCAAACGUGCGCCGCAGCAAGUCUCCUGCAAUGAGUCUCGACCGGGACGUUUCCAACACGGCAUAUGAUGCCCAAAUUGCGGUCACUGGUAAAGUCGCAAUGAGCCCCUCGCAAGCCCCAACCUCCACAGACACCCCCAUGCCUCAUGAGACACCCAGCAACCCUGAGACUGCGGGUGAUGAUGUUGAGUCACAGCCAAUCACCAAUGAUGAUGCCUCCGAUGUAGCCAUGGCCGAGUCCGAUGACUUGAGCUCAUCCGAGCAAGAGCAUGAGAACGACUACGAGCCUCCUGAGAAUUUUGUUCCGGCACCCGCCGCGAAAUCUCCUUCCACCAGCCUAAUCGCAGCAGACAGCGCUGUUUCGCUUGUCAACAGUGAUACUGACUCACAGCAAUCGAGUGCCAGAGCCUCACAGAUUCCUGAACAGAUCUCGCUGGGGGUUAAUGAGUCGACCCCUGAGCAGGGCGUCAACGCCGCCCCGCCCGCCACACAGAGCUCUGAUGAGGCAUCGUCGUCCGGAGAGCGCUUCACCCCUUACGAGAGUCCGCUGCAGUAUUUCCGUGCUUACCGAUAUCAUCCCAAGUUUGCUGAAACCGUCCCUGGCGGGCUUCGGUCCCUCACCUACAGCAACAGGAUUGAUCCGAACCUGCCCAUCUGUCCAGACCAGCUGGCCAGCCGGGACUGCCCCCGGGGUGCUGACUGCAUUUACCAGCAUUUCGAGUCCAUGAAGCUGCCGGACGACCAGAUCCUCCUCCAGCUGGGCGGCACGACCCUGGAAGGGCCCGAGAAGGCGCAAUUCAACGACGGAUUGCGCAAAUUGUUGCACGAGAUGAGAUCGCAGAACAUCAAGGACUUCCCCAGCAUUGCAAAGGGCAUAGUCGACUACCACAAUCGCUUCACUGGCGACCCGUCAAAGAUUUUGCCUCUAGGCAAUGUUUCGAUCUAG